AUCAAUACAUGCCCCUGUGUGAAAGCACGUAGAUUAGAGCCAUGAUAAAGGAAUUCAACACCCAAACUGAGGUUAGUGUGAGAUUGGAAGCCCUCUGGGCAGUUCUGUCCAAGGAUUUCGUCACCGUAGCUCCAAAGGUACUCCCCAAUAUUGUGAAGGAUGUGCAAGUGAUUGAAGGUGAUGGAGGGGUUGGUACAAUCCUCAUCUUUAAUUUUUUGUCUGAUGUGUCCCCAAGUUACCAAAGGGAGAAGAUCACAGAGUUUGAUGAAAUUUCACAUGAAAUUGGGCUGCAAGUGAUUGAAGGAGGUUAUCUGAGUCAAGGAUUGUCAUACUACAAGACAACUUUUCAGUUAUCUGCAAUAGGAGAGGAUAAGACUUUGGUCAACGUGAAAAUUUCUUAUGACCAUGAAUCCGAGAUAGAAGAAAGGGUCAAACCUACGAAGACAUCAGAGUCAACUUUAUUAUAUCUUAGGCGUCUAGAAACAUAUCUGUCGAAUGGCGCUUGAAGAAAAAUGUAGUAUUUAUAAAAAUAGUAUAUUAUAUAUGUUUUAUUUUAUAUUUUAAAUAGAAUAAUGUAUGGAUGCUUUUACUAUUUCCCAAUAAAUAUUUAGAAAUAAAAAUAAAUAUACUAUUAUCCUAAACCCAACAUCUCCUAAUAUUGUAAUAUCAAUUAUGUGGCGCUAGUUGUUCUAUCUUUUAUGUAUCAAAAAAGUUGUUGAUCUA